UUAGUAGUUAGUAGGAAGUACAAGUAUUGUUUACUUUACUCGAAUUAGUUAACAUCAUAUUAGUUAUUUUCAUAUUUAUAAAUGAGUCCGAAUGUCUUUGAACUUAUUUUUAAGUUGGACCUGGGUUUUACCCCUCCGUGAUGCACCAGCUGUCAGUGCCAGAGGACCCUGAGCAGUGGGAUGUGGAGCCUUCGUACUCCAUCACACGCAGUGUUGAAGCCAUGCUCAAAGUUAAAGUCAGCAGAGGGGGCAAAACAUACAGCUGGAUGGCUCAAGUUAUACCCAUAUAUGGGUUUGGGAUCUUUCUUUACAUCUUCUAUAUAAUCUAUAAGCUGACGUGUAAGGGGAAGACUUCCAAAUCAGGAAACUACACUCCAGUAACCAAGGCGAGUGUGGAGAAUAAGAUAAGUCAUUAUGAGCUCAUCAGGCUUCAAGAGAGACUAAUUCAAACAGAAAGGAUGAUGGAGAAGAUCGUGUCUGGAAAGGGUCAAAGCUCGACAAGUGGCAGAAGGAGGAAGAGCAAAACUGCACCCUCAAAGAAGGAGGAGAAAUUACUCAGGCAGCUCAGACAGUUCUCACAGGUGAUGCAGGAGGGCCGCUUGGAGGGUGCCUCCCCAGAGAUGGAGGCGGAGGAGGUGGACUACGGUGCAGACUGGGAAGGCUACCCGGAGGAGACUUACCCAAUCUUUGAUGAACCAUUUGAAAGUUGUGAAUUUGAAGGUUUUACGUUGGAGGGACCCUCCCGUCAGCCCACUGCUGAAGCUCUGGCAGAGAGGAUGGAGCAAGAGGAGGAAGAGAUUCUUGCAAGGAAACUUUCUGUAGUGAAAGAGGAGGAUGAAGAGGAAGAGGAUGGAGGGAGACAGGGAGAAGAGGUGGAGGAGAAGGAGAAGGAGGAGAAACCAGAAGAAGAAAUAGAGGAAAUAGUAAAAGAUAUUGAAGACGAAGAAGAGGAGGAGGAUGAAGAAGAAGAAGAAGAAGAAGAAGAAGAAGCAGAAAAAAAGCAGCUGCUCUGCCUUCCUUCACCGCGGUGCAGUGUGGAGAGGAGGCCGGAGAGGAUGGGUUUAGAGGUGAGCAGAGAGCUGCAGUGUCACAAGAAGCAGAUCAGCUUUAGUGACCACAAAGAUGUGUUCCACUACCCUAAAGAGGGCACUUAUGAAGAGGAGGAAGAGGAGAAGGAGGAAGAGGAGGUGGAAGAGGAAGAAGAUGAAGGGACAGAGGUGGAGGAAGAGGAUGAGGGCCCAGAGGUGGAGGUAGAGGAUGUUGACGAAGACGAUCCAGUGAUGGAGGCGGAGAGCUUGCUGUUCAGCUGUGAGGGUGGUCCAAAUCCGGAGGAGGAGGCAGAGGAGGAUGAAGAGGAGUAUUUGUUAACAGGGUAUGUAGAGGGAGAUAGUAGAAUCCAAGCAGCCAUGCUGAGAGAAGUGAGUGGGCUGAGGAUGAGGAACAGGAGGGAGACGUGAAGAAUUUUACAAUACCCUGAGAUACUGUAUAUUUUUAAAUACGCUGAUCCUUGAGUUAUAGUUGUGUUUUUUACUGAUCCUUUAUAUGUUUAGAGUAUUCUAAAUGAUAAAUGAAGACAGCUUUUUUUCGAACAAGAUACCUCUCCUUUCAUAACAUCAAUACAGUUUAGCUUAGCUUUCCUUAAUACAACUCCUGACACUAAUUAUCUCUACUUUUAGUUCUUCUACUUCUACUUUCAGUUUAAAAAAUCAUAAUACACAUUUCAUUAGUUGUUGUUGUACGUUUCUUUCAAAUGCAUUUAUUUUUGGUACAACUGAUUUAGAAUAUCCUGUUUUUGAGGGCUGUAUUUAGAGAUAGGACCGUGGAUAGAGUUUGAAACCGAGAGGAGACAGUGGAGAAAGAAAGAAAGGGCUGCAGUUUGGAAUCUAACCAAGGCUGCCCAUUUUCAGGACUAUAACCUCUGUACAUGGGGUGCAUUAUUUCACCCUUAAGCCAGACAUGAGCCCAAGAACAAACACAUUUUGUGGGGUGUAUCCUUCAUACUAACAUACUGCAAUUUCAAAGCUGUGAUCUACAGUUGCUUUUUUAAAAUCUUAUUUUUACUCAAAUUUUUCCAAUCAGACCUGUUUUAGGUCGUCACAAGAUCUGCAACAAGAUACUUGACUGACAUCUAAUGCUAACGCAGGAUAACUCAUUUUUUGUUUCAAUUGUCCAUAGAUAUCUGUGAUUUCAGGUUAAUUCCCAUCAUAGCACGUCCCAACUUUAAACUGAGCACAGGCCCAAACACGGCAAGUAAUUUAAAGAAACAUCACUGUGGGUUGAUCAAUCAUUUGGAAAUUUAAGAUGAUCAAUUAAGAAAUUUAAUUAUCGCCUCAGAGUGAGUACUUUGAUCAACAGAAAUGUUUUAUAAAAUGACCCCAGUUUACUUUCAAAUACCACUACAGUUGCUGCUUUUAUAUUAGAACGUGUAACAUGAUUAUCAGAGGCCAAAGGAGGUCACACGAACAGAGGAACAAGUCUAGUGAGCUUGACAUGUAAUAUUUGGCUCCCUCUAGUGGUCACCAAUGGACUUGCUCAUAGGGAUGCUUCCUGUUUUGGUUAAGUAGAUUUGAUAGAAUAGAUUAAAAAGACAGUUUGUGAGAAACAGUUAAAUACUUGUGACUCCUUUCAAUAACAGUUCAUUUUGUUUUACCCAUAAACCUUCAUCACUGUAGACGUUUUGACUCUUUUUACACACCUGUAAUAAUUGCCUGCAACCCAUCAAGCUACAUCAGUACCAGAGACGUGUCAUUGUGUUUUUUAACUCACUGCUUCAAUAAUCAAACAUCCCAUCAUUUAUAGUUGUAGCCUCACAUGUGCUUGUUUUGGUAAGCUGAAGGGUAAGAGGUAAGAUAGGUUAACUGUAGAAAAAGAACUGUGGAUGUCAUUUCAAAAUCUCCACAUUUUUUUUUUUUUUUAAAUUUAGAGAUUUCAGAACACUAUUUCAUGGGUGCAAAUGUCAGGCUGAAAUCCUAUUGUUCAGAGGACUGUACCUAAUCACACGAGAUGCAAAGAAAACCAAAAGAAGACAAAAAAAGAGAAGAGAAAUGCACAACAAAUCAUGCAAGUUUACAUCAGACACAAAAUGAUCUGAAUGCAUCAGUUGUUCAAUUUGACAUCUCUGUAAAAGUGGAAUUGUUGACUGCUGAGAAUGCUAGAUAUGAUCUUGUUUGCAUACCCCACUGCAACCCGUCGUUCCUCCAGUGUAUGUUACAGUAACAGCUCUGGACUGUUUUGUCCAAGGUUAUGUAAGCAGCUCCAAAAACACUCAAUACAGUUAUAUUUUGAACUUCAAAUAAAGUAUCUGUGAAUUUA